UGGAAUGGCUUCAGCUUCACCGUUCGCACUUCGCAUCAAAGCUUCACUCUGAAGACACAUUAACGGAUUAACCAACCUGAAAGGAACAGAGAAAGAAAGGAAAACCCCGAUUAAAUUUCUUUUCAUAAUUAAAGCCACCAUUUAAAUCUGCAAUAAGUCCUGCUUCGUCUCUUAGAUCUCUACCCACCUGAUCCUCCCUUCGCCGCCUGAAUCUCUCGUUUCCGGUUAGAAAAAGCUCGCGCAAUUUUGAAAUUGAAACCAGGGAAUCGCGACACUGAAACAAGCUUCAGAGAUCCAGCAAUGGAGUCCACUCCGCAAGGAGUUCCCGAGCGGGACAAGCCAGGCGGCCCUACCUCUUCUCCUGUGUCCGUCGUCUCCAAUUUCUGGAAAGAAUUUGAUUUGGAAAAGGAGAAAAGUGUGCUUGACGAGCAAGGUCUUAGAAUAGCUGAGAAUCAGGAGAACAGCCAGAAGAAUCGACGGAAACUUGCAGAGAGCACUCGAGAUUUUAAAAAAGCUUCAUCGGAGGAAAAGUUAGGUUUAUUCAACUCCCUACUAAAGGGAUACCAAGAAGAAGUUGAUAACCUUACCAAGAGAGCAAAAUUUGGAGAAAAUUCCUUUCUUAAUAUUUAUCAGAAGCUGUAUGAGGCUCCAGAUCCAUAUCCGGCCCUUGCAUCAAUUUCUGAACUUGAUCUAAAAUUGUCUGAACUAGAAUCAGAAAACCGGAAAAUGAGGCUUGAGCUGGAAGAAUUCAGGACAGAAGCAACUCACUUAAAGAAUCAACAGGCAACAAUAAGAAGACUAGAGGAGCGCAAUCGUCAAUUAGAAUUACAGAUGGAAGAAAAGGUGAAGGAAAUUGUUGAGAUGAAGCAACGUAGUUUGGCUGAAGAAAACCAAAAGACCUUAGAAGUGUUGAAAGAUAGGGAGCAAUCGUUGCAAGAUCAACUACGACAAGCUAAAGAAAGUGUUUCCAAUAUGCAGAAACUGCACGAACUCGCACAGAGUCAAUUGUUUAUAGUUCAGGCUCAAUCAGAUGAAGAAAGUGCUGCAAAGCAAUCAGAGGUCAAUCUUUUGAUGGAUGAAGUUGAGAGGGCUCAAACACGGCUUCUUAGUCUCGAGAGAGAAAAGGGUGUUCUGUGGUCUCAAUUACAAUCUGCAAAUGAAGACACGGGAAACAAGAGAAGUGACAAUUUGGAUUCUAGUAGUAUGCUGGAGAAUUCUUUGAGUGCCAAAGAGAAGAUUAUUUCUGAACUGAACAUGGAACUUCACAAGAUUGAGACAACCUUGGCAAAUGAGCGAGAACAGCACAUAAAUGAGAUUAAAAGGUUGAAUGCACUGAUCAAUGAGAAGGAUGUUGCGAUUCAGGACGUGAAGAAAGAACUUCAAGCUAGACCUACACCAAAAUUAGUGGAUGACCUACGUAAAAAAGUGAAAAUUUUGCAGGCGGUGGGAUAUAACUCUAUAGAGGCAGAAGAUUGGGAGGUUGCAACUAGUGGUGAGGAAAUGAGCAAGAUGGAAUCCCUUCUUCUGGAUAAAAAUCGGAGAAUGGAACAUCAAGUGACACAGUUGAAGGUCCAACUUUCUGAGAAAUCAUCCUUGCUGGACACAGCUGAUAGCAAGAUUGUAGAGCUUACUUCCAAGGUUAAUGAGCAACAGAAGUUGAUUCAAAAAUUGGAAGAUGAUAUCUUAAAGGGUUAUGGUUCCAAAGAUAGAAAGGGCAGUUUAUUUGAGGAUUGGGACCUCUCAGAGGCAAGUGGAGCAGAGUCAUCUGAGUUACACGUUUAUUGCAACAACCCUGAUGGUCAUCCAGGGUGGAGGCUGCAUGGCCUAGACACUUCCCCAUUUUCAGUAUGCUUCGGGAUUGAUACAUCUCUUUUCAAAACAAAAUUUGAAAAUGGAAUGGGGGAAAAGAGAAGCAGAGAAGCCUGUUUGUCCAAUUUUAUUGCUUUUAUAUUGUUCUUGACUUGUAUCUUGAUGCAGCAUCUGGACCAGAAACAUGUUUCCUCGGAUCGAGACCAGAGUUCAAUGCUUAAGGUGAUCUGUAAUCAACGAGAUAGAUUUAGGGCACGUCUAAAUGAAGCAGAAGAGGAGAUAAGGCAACUGAAGGAGAGAAUUGGAGCUCUGACUCAGGAGUUGGAAAAAUCUAAAGCAGAUAAUGUGAAGCUGUAUGGGAAGAUGCGUUAUGUCCAAGAUUACAAUCUCGAGAAAGUAGUUUCAAGAGGAGCUUCAAAGAAGCAUGCGGAGGACCUGGAAAGUGGUUCUAGCUCGGAUGUGGAAUCAAAGUACAAGAAGAUAUAUGAAGAUGACAUAAAUCCAUUUGCAGCGUUUUCAAAGAAGGAAAGGGAUCAACGGUACAAGGAGUUGGGAUUCAGGGAUCGAAUCACACUCAGCAGUGGACGUUUCGUUAUGGGCAACAAAUAUGCACGUACCUUCGCAUUCUUCUACACAAUCGGAUUACAUGUUCUGGUGUUCAGCUGUCUUUACCGAAUGUCGGCUCUCAGCUACCUUGGCAACGGCGAGGAAUCACUGGUUGUAGAUCAAACGAUAAACCUCCCACACGCACUCUGAUCUGCCAACGAUAAGAAGCUGAAGUUUUGAUUGAACAUACGAAGAGUGGAGAUUUGUCACGUAUCAGAACUAAUGCAAUUUUGGGUUGGGAAACUCCUGCUGGUUUCAAUCUUUGUAUGAAUGAAGGGAACACAAUACUUUUGUAAUGCGAAGUUACUUGCCGUCUAUUAUCUGUAAUCAACAUGGACAAGAAUUAUCUCAUUCCACAUUAGGCGAAGUUCACUAGUCACUACUGGUAGAUGAUGUUAAUAGGUUUAGGAUCCAUCGUUGUUUAUGUACCACAUGUAGUACGCAAUGCCUCAAAUUAUAACGAGUCUGUAG